UUGUGCUGCAGCAGCAUUGAACUUGCCCGGAGACGCGCGCGACCACAUGCAGCACUCUCGCCGCUGCUCUUCCUUUCACCUUCACGGGGAUUCCGAAGACAAAACAAAAUGUCCAUCCAAGGCAAAACCAUCCGCUCUCUGCACGGUUCGCUUUCGGGGGAAGAGCUCGGCAUCACGGUGCACUUUUAGGUCGACGUCGCCCCUGAACGCAGCAGAGCGGCAGCAGCCCCGCGCGAGAAAAAGGCGUUAAAUCUCGGAAGUGAAUGAUCUGAUUGUUGCUGCUCAACUCUCCGGUGAAGGACUGCAGUUCAGCUGCGUCGUGGGACCGACCACACGUCGUUCUCUCCGUGGAUUGUACCCGCCUUUCUCCACCAAAAUGUCAUCUCAGGCGAAAGUCAAGAAGGACAAAGAGAUUAUUGCCGAGUAUGAGACCCAAGUGAAAGAGAUCCGUAACCAGCUGGUGGAGCAGUUCCGGUGUUUGGAGCAGCAGUCUGAGUCCCGGCUGCAGCUGCUUCAGGAUCUGCAGGAGUUCUUCCGGCGAAAAGCUGAACUCCAGCUUGAAUUCUCCAGGAGUUUGGACAAACUGGCCGAGCGCUACUCUGCCAAAAUCCGCACUUCAAGAGAGCACCAGCACUUCAAAAAAGACCAAAAUCUUCUCUCCACCAUCAACUGCUGGUAUUUGGUCUUGGACCAGACGAGGAGGGAGAGCCGGGACCAUGCCACUCUCAGUGACAUCUACAACAACAACGUCAUUGUGCGGCUGGCACAUGUGGGCGAGGAUGUCAUCAGACUCUUCAAAAAGAGCAAAGACAUCGGGGUGCAGAUGCACGAAGAGCUGGUGAAAGUCACCAAUGAGCUUUACACAGUGAUGAAGACCUACCACAUGUACCACACCGAGAGCCUCAGUGCGGAGAGCAAGCUGAAGGAGGCGGAGAAACAGGAGGAGAAGCACAUCGGCAAGGCCAACGACAUCAGCAGCGGUUUGCUGCGCUACGGCCAUGACGAACGCCCGCAGCGGCGGAGCUCUGUGAAGAAGAUGGAGAAAAUGAAGGAGAAGAGACAAGCUAAGUACUCUGAAAAUAAACUUAAAUGCACUAAGGCCCGGAAUGAUUAUCUUCUCAACAUGGCCGCCACCAAUGCUCUGGUGGCCAAGUACUACAUCCACGAUGUCUCGGAUAUGAUAGAUUGCUGCGACUUGGGGUACCACGCCAGCUUGGCUCGCACCAUGAGGACGUACUUGUCUGCCGAGUACAGUUUGGAAACUUCUCGACAUGAAGGCUUGGAUUUACUGGAAGGCGCAGUAGAUGCCAUGGAUAUUAGAGGAGACAAGCUGAAGUUCAUGGACAUGCACAGCCAGAUCUUCUGUCCUCCUGCUCGCUUUGACUAUCAGCCACACAUGGGAGAUGAGAUUUGUCAGGUGAGUGCGCAGCAGCCCGUCCAGACUGAACUCCUGAUGCGCUACCACCAGCUGCAGUCUCGUCUGGCUACACUGAAGAUCGAAAACGAAGAGGUGAAGAAGACUCUGGAUGCAACCAUGCAGACCCUCCAGGACAUGCUCACAGUGGAAGAUUUUGAUGUCUCGGACGCCUUCCAGCACAGCCAGUCCACCGAGUCGGUCAAGUCGGCGUCCUCUGACUCGUACAUGAGCAAGGCCAACAUCGCGAAGAGGCGAGCCAAUCAGCAAGAGACUGAGGGUUUUUACUUCACUAAAUACAAGGAGUACUUGAACGGCAGCAACCUCAUUGUCAAACUUCAGGCCAAGCAUGACCUUCUGAAGCAGACGCUAGGAGAAGGGGAAAGAGCAGAGUAUGGAACUACAAGGCCCCCUAGACUUCCCCCUAAACCCCAGCGAAUACGGAAGUCUAGGCCUCGCUCCAUUUUUAACCGUAAGCUGUUUAACGGCAAUAUGGAGGCCUUCAUCCAGGACUCGGGACAGCCGAUACCAGCCGUGGUGGAGAGCUGCAUUCGAUACAUCAAUUUGUAUGGGCUGCAGCAGCAGGGUAUAUUUCGAGUUCCUGGCUCCCAGGUCGAAGUCAAUGACAUUAAAAAUGCAUUUGAAAGAGGGGAGGAUCCGCUGGUGGAUGACCAGGCGGAGCAUGACAUAAACUCUGUUGCGGGUGUUUUAAAGCUCUACUUCAGGGGACUUGAGAACCCACUAUUCCCUAAAGAGCGCUUCCUGGACCUCAUUUCCACGACCAAGCUGGACAUGGGAGCGGAGAGAGCCUAUCAUCUGCAGCAGAUCAUCGUGACUCUGCAGCGACCGGUGAUCGUCGUCAUGAGAUACCUGUUUGCGUUUCUGAACCAUCUGUCCCAGUACAGUGACGAGAACAUGAUGGACCCCUACAACCUGGCUAUUUGCUUCGGCCCCACGUUGAUGCCGAUACCCGACGAGCAGGAUCCUGUCUCCUGCCAGGCGCAUGUGAAUGAGGUCAUCAAGACCAUCAUUGUUCACCACGAAACCAUUUUCCCCACACAACGGGAGCUGGAAGGACCGGUGUAUGAGAAGUGCAUGGCUGGAGGAGAGGACUACUGUGAAAGUCCUCAUAGUGACGCAGGAGCUCUGGAUGAGAUUGACAACGGUACCGGACCAAACACAAGCGACGAUGAGCUGGAGCAGAUCGAGGCCAUCGCCAAGUUCGACUACGUGGGCCGAAGCCCCAGAGAACUGUCCUUUAAGAAAGGAGCCUCUCUGUUGCUGUACCUGCGGGCGUCUGAAGACUGGUGGGAGGGUCGACACAAUGGUGUGGACGGGCUCAUACCUCACCAGUACAUCGUGGUCCAAGACAUGGAUGAUGCGUUCACUGACAGCCUUCCGAGGACUGACAGUGAUGCCAGCAGUGGUCCAAACUACAAUGACCACGGCUCCUCUCGAGCUGACCGCCAGUCGCCUGUGGAGCACACUCCUGAACAUCGCUAUGGAGGAGCUCUGGGGAGGGUGAGGAUGCGAUCAGACGGCGCUGCCCUGCCGAGCCACAGGAACGGUGAGAGCCACAGCCCCACCAGAGGCCAGGACGGUCCUCCGAAAGUCAUGCCCCGCCCCUGCAGCCCCCAUAAAAUGGCCGUCAGUCGAGGCCCGACAGAAAGUCCGGAGAAAAGGCGCAUGACGACAUUUGGCAGCUCCGGCUGCAUCAACCACCCGGACAGGAAAGCUUUCGCCGACACUCACUCUCAGCGGUCGUCGCCCAGCACCACCCGACACGCAAGCCUCGGCGACCACAAGACCCUUGAAGCCGAGGCACUCGCUGAGGACAUUGAGAAGACGAUGAACACCGCCCUCCAUGAGCUGCGUGAACUUGAGCGGCAGAAUGUAGCCAAGCAUGCCCCCGACGUAGUUCUGGAUACUCUAGAGCCUCUCAAACACCCGGCUAGCCAGGAGCUCCCGGGGAGCCCGCUUCACACGAUGGUCAUCAGAGAUCCAGAUGCGGCUCAACGGCGCAGCAGCAGUAGCUCCUCUUCAGAGACCAUGACCACUUUUAAACCCGCCGCCCGAAGGCCUAGCGCACCCCUGCGACCUCCGCCUGUGAGACCGGUGCGGCCGGCCCCUGUGCUCGGGCAGGGGCCACACCGCUCCAGCAGCUCUAGCUCCUCUGGCCUCGGCAGCCCUGGCAUCACACCCACUGAGAGAGUUUUCCCAAAAGCUCCGUCCCCGUCACCAUCCACAUCCUCCUCAUCUUCAGACAAACAAGGUAACAUGUAGCGCAGCAAACGAAAAUAUUCAAGGUUCCCUGACACUCAGACGUCCGCUGUGACCCUGACAACAUAUGUUUGAAAACAUGCUGAACUGAAACACCCAACAGGAAGAGGGGAUGCACUUAACUGUUAACAGAACAAUAAAACAUACCUAAAAAUGUGUUAGCAUUUAUGUGAAAUAAAAAAAGGGAAUAUUACACCACAUUGUAUGUAAAGAGAAAAAAAAUACUUUUAUCUAACUUAGGCAGUUUAGGCAUAGUUUCAAGGGAAUAAAUAAAUAACAGCUCUGGGUUGCAGCUCUACUAAAGCCCGCAAGAUGGCGACAUUGACUCAUGACUGGUCAAGUUUUGUUUCUGCUGGUGUAAAUUCAACGACUCUUCGUGCCACAUUCUUUUCCAAAAAGCGGGAAAUACUCCCGCCGGGCAUGAUGGGGCGGACUCGACCCAGGAAUAUUGAGCAUCAUAACUUUCAAUCACAUGUGAAGUGUCCUAAACCUCAAAAGUUCACCGCACUAUUGUGGUUUUUCUCUGCUGCUGCCCUUGUUUUCCAUGAUCUCAAAGCUUUGCGCACAAAUUUAAAGGCAUAGAUUACUAAAAAAAAGUGCCUCAAUUCCUGUUAAAAUACAUGACUAAAACGACUACCUAUAUUUGAUUCAAGAUGUUGUGCCUGAAGUAAACGACUCAUCUAAGCACACGUUGGUUGGACGUGAUAUUUAUAAGCACCUUGGUGAGGGUUAUAUUUAAAUAAUGUUUUUUUAAACAUCAGUUGAACCACGUAAAAAGCACAAAAAUCUAACUGUAAUAAAUGGUCUCCAAUGUGGCUUUAAAAGAAUUGGGGUUCAAAUCCCGCUCUUCUGUUACCUGGUCGACUUUACUUUCUCUUGUAUGGUUAUGUUUGGAGUGAUAUACUUAUUGAAUUCUCCCUUAUGCAUACUGUAGCAUGAAUCAGCACUUGGACAAACCUGAAAAUUGAGCUUCACCAUCGCGUUCACAUCACAGUGGCCUGUUUACAAAUGAAAUCUCAGCCACUUUCUCAAAAGACCCAGACUCAGAGCAGCUGUAGUUUGUUUGUAUCCCAUCACCGUAAAAGAUAUGGAACUAUAGUCAACGCUCCUUUACCACUUCUGUUGACUUCGGGAAUACCAACCAAAUUGUUGACCCGACUGCACUUCUGAACACGGCGAGGACUUGUGGUGGAUAUCUAGACAUUUGUGUUUUCAUUUUGAUGAUGUUGUAGAGGUAUGAUAUUAGCACGAGUCCUAUAGAAGCUUACGCGACGUCUUGACUGCACACAAUCCGAGGCUGUUUAGAUCAACUUGUUUACUGUUGGUGGUGUUCUUUGUUCGUCUCGAGGUUGAUGGUUGUAAAGUCUAAUAGGUACAUCCGAUUCUACAUACAUUAUAUACAUAUAUAAAUAUAUACAUAUUGUUCGAGGAUACUUGUAUAAAUAACAAUGUAUGAUAGGAACAAGAUAUAUUAUCAUCUCUAGUCUGUAGAUUUUUGUAACUCCUAUCCUUGCACAAACAUUAAUAAAAGAAUAAACU